GUUGUUGCUAUGGACAACUUCACAUUUUCUUAGCAAUUGUUAUAACCUAUAGCAGAUGGGACGUUCAUGAGCAACGUCCCUGUGCGUCGUCGUCAAGGCAACGUCAUUAUUCCGGGGCCGGGCGCGAAGCGCGGAGAAGAGGCCCACCCGGGGAAGAUGGACAGCCCGGAACGACUAUCCCUCCCCACCGGACAGUCCUGCAGCACAGAUGGCCCGGACCAGCUCACCCGAACGUCCUGCCGAGCGGAGUAUCAAGACACCUGUCCACAACCUCAAACAGUCACACUCCAAACUCCACUAUGGCCAAGACCAAAGAGCUUCCGAAGAACACCAGAAACAAACCUGCACCAGGCUGGGAAGACUGAAUCUGCAAUAGGCAAGCAGCUUGGUGUGAAGAAAUCAAGUGUGGGAGCAAUUAUUAGAAAAUGGAAGACAAGCAAGACCACUGAUAAUCUCCCUCGAUCUGGGGCUCCACGCAAGAGCUCACUCCGUGGUGUCAAAAUGAUCACAAGAACGAUGAGCAAAAAUCCCAGAACCACAUGGGGGGGGGACCUAGUGAAGGACCUGCAUAAAGCUGGGACCAAAGUAACAAAGGCUACCAUCAGUAAAACACUACGCUGCCAGGAACUCAAAUCAUGCAGUGCCAGAUGUGUCCCCCUACUUGAGCCAGUACAUGUCCGGGCCUGUCUGAAGUUUGCUAGAGAGCAUUUGGAUGAUCCAGAAGAGGAUUGGGAGAAUGUCAUUAUGGUCAGAUGAAACCAAAGUAGAACUUUUUUUUAACACAUGCUCAAAUACAUUCAACAAAAGUGUUGACCUAUCACCAUACUGGCGGUAAUUCCCCCCCCCCCCCAAAAAAAGAAAGAAUAAUCAAAGUAAUUCACAUGGACAGAAUUAAAGGUACAAUUACCUACUUCACUGGAUACCUUUUCUUUUAUAAAUCAAUUUAUGC